GUCAUCCCUUCAUGAAAGCCAGGUGUUCCAUAACAUCAUCCUGACUCAGAAACAGCCUUUCUCAGUUGAAUGAUGCCAUAAUCAGCAGUGUUAACAUUGUGACUGUUACUUUGUUGAAGGACCUCAGGAUACUAGCAAAAUAUCAUAAUUUCUGGAAGUAAUAGUCUUCAAGUAAGAAGUUUUGUUUUCCUACAGUGUCCAGACAGAUUUCCACAUUUCAGGGAACAGAAGACAAUGGUCCUCCAGCAUCAACCCAUAGCAUGGAUGCAGAUGCCCUACAGAAACUUAUUCAUUUGCUCCAGGCAACAGAUGAUCCAUUAAUUCAAGAGCAAGCUUUAAUUACUCUCAGCAACAGUGCUGCCUUCUCUGUAAAUCAAGAUAUAAUCCGAAAUUUGGAUGGCCUUUCUGUCAUUGGAGGGAUGCUCUCUGACUGUGUUCCCAGAGUUACAGAAAAAGCACUAAAUGCACUUAAUAAUUUGAGUAUGAAUAUUAAAAAUCAAGAAGAGAUACAGGCAUAUAUUACACAAGUUUGUAGGAACGUUGAGUCAGCUCCCCUGAACUCUGAUCUGCAGCUAGCUGGACUCAGGUUGUUGACAAAUAUGUCUGUUACCAAUGACUACCACCAUAAGAUGAUAAACUCCAUUCCGUGCUUUCUUUGUUUGCUUUCAGAAGGAACUGAAAGGACACAGAUUCAAGUUUUGAAAGUACUUGUGAACUUAUCUGCAAACCCAGCCAUGACAAGACAUCUUCUCAGGGCUCAAAGGGAGCUGAUGCUGAAGAGCAGCUCUGCAGAGAGAGACCUGGGAGUCCUGAUUGAUAAUAAGCUAAAUAUGAGCCAGCAAUGUGCCCGCGUGGCCAAGAAGGCCAAUGGCAUCCUGGGAUGCAUCAAGAAGAGUGUGGCCAGCAGGUCAAGGGAGGUUCUGCUCCCUCUCUACUCUGCCCUGGUGCCAUCGUUGCUGUUACUUUUUGACAACUGUAUAAACAGAGAUAUUCUGCUCAGAGCCCUGGUGUUUGCAGCAAACUUGAAAAAGAACAUGAACAAUGAAGAUGGCACCACGAUUCAGGACCAAUACAGUGAAGAUUCAGUUUUCUUUACACUCUGCAGGGACUCUACCCCAUUUGCUCAGAAAUUGGCAUCUCUGUUGCAUCACCCUGAUACAGAGGUGAAAGAGCAAGUUGUGAGAAUAUUAACACAAUAGUAACUUAUUUUUAAAAAAACUAGACUGACCUGAUGAAAAUAUCCAGUCUGAGGAAUGCUGUACUACAAAACCCACAGCAAGUGAACUGUAAAGCAACCCCCCAAAUACUGCCGUAUUGGACAGAAAUCAGGUACUACAAAGAAUGCAAUGUAUUUAAUACAAAGAGUCUAAUGGAUUGUUUUUUUCAGAGCAAAAUAAAAGCAAUAACUUCAUUAGUACUGAGAAACCACCGUACAGCUGGUAAGUGUACACAAAGGAGGAAUAGUUUAAAACACAGAAACUUUCAUAUGUACAGUGAACACUUUAAAUGGACGAAUAAAGU